AUGAACAGAAGGGUGUAUGAAAACACGAUGGACGAAAGAAAUAGUGAUAGGAAUAAACAUUCAGAAAUAAAGGAGCUCCUAAAAAGAAUAAGAAAAUGUGACAACACGAAAAAUAAAUUCGCAAACAUUUUAAAACUGUCAAAAUAUACGAACUAUUUAGAAGAAAGAGAUAAAUUAAAAAUUUUUAAAUCAAUAGAUUCAGUUUUUAUUUCUUUAUUACUACGUUCUGACAAUCCUUUUAAGCUAUUUACUCUCCGUUUAAUCAACAGCCUAAUAUCAGAUUCUACUCAGUCCCAUAUAAAAAUAUGCAUGCCUUUUAUUAAUUCUAUCAUUUUUUAUUACUGCGAUUUUUUGAAUGAAACAAACUAUAAAAUAAAAAUUAUUGAGAGGAGGAAAAAAAAUGUGCAGGAGAAGAAGAAAAAAGAGGAAGAAGAGGAAGAAGAGGAAGAAGAAGAAAAAGAAAAAAAAGAAAAUGAAGAAAAUGAGAAAGAAAACGAAGAAGAAAAUGGAGAAGAAAAAGAAAAAUGUACUACACCGCAUAAACAGCUUAACACUGAUUUUGCAUAUUCAAGUGAAACAGACGAAUCAGAUGUCGUGGAAGGCUAUUAUAACACAGAUGAAAUCAAUGAAAUUUACUGUGAAUGUUUAAUAUUUUUCUUGAAAUUGUUGCCAUUUUUAAAUGAAAAAGACAUAUUGGAAAACGCCUUUUAUAGCUAUGAAGGGAACAGUGUUAGUUUUGAUGCCAAGAUGUAUUUUCUUAAAAAAAGUUUAAAAAAACGAAGCCCUACUACUAUGAAAGGUGGUUCUAGCGGGCAGGGAGGGCGCAUGCGUCUCAAAGAUUCUAACAGUUUUCAUGAUCAGAAUGAAAAAAGGGAAGUCUCGAAUUCCUUUCCUGAUAUGGCACAUAGAGGUGUGAAGGGGGAGGCGGUAGAAAGGGGAAAAAGAGAAUAUCAAGACAGAGACAAUGACAGAGAAAGAGAUAGAGACCAAGGUAGUGACAGAGAGGGAAAUAUAUGGGAUGAGGAACAGACCUCAGAAGAUGAUUAUUAUUCAGGGGAUGAUUCCAUUUACAGCAAUUCACAGAUGGAAGGGGUAAGUUUGGUGAGUCUCCUUUUUGAUGCCCUAAAUGAGAAUAUGGGAAUAGUGGAAACCAUGAGGAACACAGAAUUUUUUUCGAAAGGAGUUGCACGGAGAGAAGUAGUACUACUCGAUGAAAGAACAGGAAGAAACACCAAAAAAGAAAACACAAUGUUCAAAGUUCUGAAGCGGAUAUACGAUGAUAAGUGCUUAUUAAACGAAAAAAGCAUAGAGAUGACUCUGCAUGUGUUAAAUAACUUGUUUUUAAAAGUUAAGGAUAAUAAAUUUAUAAGGGAGUAUUUUCAAAUGCUAAAUAAAAUUAUAGAAAAUUAUAAGGAAAAUAGAGUAACCACAAUGAAAUGUUUAAUCAAUUUGAAUGUGUAUCUAAAACAGGAAAAUAUCAUGAAUGUGUUAGACGAAAAGAGUGCAUACAAAUUUUAUGCUAAUAUUAUAUACCUUUUUUCCGAAUUAAAAAUGGAAGAUGAGAAAAAAGUGUUAUAUACCUUAUACUCAACUGUUUAUUCAUGCCAUAAUUUUAUUUUUUUGAAUGAUAAGUGUAGUGAUAUUUUGAAAACUCCUCUUUCAUACAUGAAUGUAGAGCUAUACAUGUUUUUUGAAUACGUGAUGAAGUAUGCAAAUAAUGACCAGAUGAAGAAUCACUUCUUCACAAAUAAGCACUGUGAACAUAUUAUUCAGCUGAUAUGCACUAAUAUUGAAUAUAUUGUAAAUUUUAUUAGUCAAAAUUAUUUCUUUUUUAAUGAAGAUCAUGAACUACCUAUAAGCGCAGCUUCUACUAGCCAUACAAAUCAAGGCGGAGGGAAUCUAGAACCCAAAAGUUGUAUUUCUCCAAAGGUAACCGAGAAUGGAAAAAAACUCUCUAACAAAAUGAACCUAUCCAUGCGUGAAAUUCACACAGUUAUGAGAAAAAUUAAAAAAUCAAUUGAAUUGUUAGUUGAAUUUUUUAAAGAUAUAAAAUCUCACUUUAAAGAAUUAAACCCCAAUUGUAAUAAAUUUAAAAUAAUUAAAGCAAAAUUUUAUGAAGAAAUAAAUACCCUAAUACAUCUCUUUUGCAAUUAUUUAAUUUAUGAAAAUGUUCAUUAUAUGGAUGAUUUUCUAAAUUUAUUGGAAUUAUUUUCCAUAUGUAUAGACGAAGAAAAGAACUUUUACUCUUUCUUACUUAUAAUAAAGCAUUUAGACGUAAAUCGAUAUUAUCACAAUAAACAUUUUAUGACCAAACUUUUUGCAUACAUAUUGAACGAAAGUAUGAAAAAUAUAGUACAUAUUAAAAUAUUAUAUGACAUUUUUAACAUAUGCACUUUUAACGUUAUAGAAUGUUUACAAAUUGGUGAAAAUUGUCAUUUUGUGAAAUUUCCUUCUGAAAAUGUUAAGAGCUCUCUUGCAAGAGAUUAUGAUUUCAUUCAAGCUUUUAGCAUAUCUAUUGAUAAGUUGAAUGGAAUACCAUUUGUAUAUACCAUAUGUGAAGAUGAAUAUAAUAAAAGGAGGGACGAUAAAUUAUUUAUAGAAAAUAUAAAUAAUAUUCUUUUCUUUUCUAUUAACUUCUUUUUUAAUUACUAUUUCAAUGUUUUAAACCGGACAAAUGAACAAAUUGUUAUACAAAAUUCCCAUGUUUUUAAACACAACUAUUUUAAUACAUGUAACGGGAGAAUUAAAACUCAGGAACGUGAGUUUUUUCUAGCACUCAAUGUCCUACUAACAAUUUCUUCAAUCCUCUUUUUGAGAUUCGAUUGCUUUGUCUUGGAAUCUGUUUUUCUGGAGAAGCAUCCCAUUCUCUUCGUACAGGAAGAAGGAACCGACAAGAUGAGGAAAAGGAAGAAAUAUUUUCUUAGAAUUCUAGAACUAGUCUAUUUUGUCAUGUACUAUCACCCCAAUUUUGUUUCACUUCUAAUUUUUCGCUUAAAGGAAAUAAAGGAGGAGGAGGUCCAGAAAGUGAUUUUUUUUGAAACAACAAAAAUGAAGAUGCAGGAGAAGCACAUUUCCAUUUGUACAUUUUUAAACAGAUUUAUUGAAAAUCACGUGUAA